AUGCUGUCGUCUGGCAGCCGUCUCUGGGUCUGUACGCGAUGCGUCCGCCGUCGCGUGACCCGGCCGCCUCAACUCCAGCAGCGUCUGCGCCUGUCGACCGCAGCGGCCGCCGACACCCACAGACCCCUCGUGAGCCACGGCGUCAGCCCCGACCACGAUGACGCCGUCCUGCGCGACCUCUUCGACGCGCCCUCGAGCACCUUUGCCAGCUUCAGCCUCAAGCGCAGCCAGGGCCUCUUCAAGAACCGCUACCUCACAAGCCCGGACGGCUUCCUCGUCUUUGCCCAGAAGAACCUCGACCGCGCCACCCGCAUCGUCAAGCGCGUGCUCGCCGCCUCCUCCACGAACGACUACCGCGCCGUCGUCCGCGACCUCGACCGCCUCAGCGACCUGCUCUGCCGCGUGCUCGACCUCUCCGACUUUGUCCGCAUGACGCACCCCGAGAUCCGCUUCCAGCAGGCCGCCACCGACGCCUGGUCCCUCGUCUACCAGUACAUGAACCAGCUCAACACCAUGACUGGCCUCAGCGACCAGCUCAACGAGGCCAUCUCCCGCCCUGAGGUGACGGACCAGUGGACCGACGAGGAGAAGAUUGUCGCGGAUCUCCUCAGGCUCGAUUUCAUGAAGUCGGCCGUCAAUCUGCCAAAGAAGUCGCGCGACCGUUUUGUCGAGCUGUCUUCGCAAAUCAGCGACGUCGGCUCUGCCUUUGUCCAGACCAUGGGCCCUGAAAAGACAAAGGUCACUCUGCCGUCCCAUCGCUUCUACGGCUUGUACCCGAGCCUCGCUUCUACGCUCAAGGUCCGCUCACAAAUCUCCAUCCCUACUACUGGGUCAGAGGCAGCGGCCGCGCUGCAGAGCGUGUACGAUGAGGGCACUCGCAAGGAAAUCUACCUUACCCAGCGCACUGCAUCGACGAGAACCAUUGGCUACCUGGAAAACAUGCUAAGGCUACGUGCAGAGCUCGCCGGACUUGCAGGCUUUCAGAGCCAUGGCCACAUGUCGCUUAAGGACCGCAUGAUGGCCAAGUCUCCGUCAUCCGUGAUGCAAUUCCUGCUGGCGCUCCGGGAGCACAACGCGCCCAUGAUCCAGCAUGAGCUGAGCGAGCUCCUCGACCGAAAGCGCGAGCGAUUGGCCAUGCCGGAUGCCGAGCUGCACCCCUGGGACAGAGAUUUCUACAUGGAAAAGAUCCGCGCCGAGAUGCGAUCCAAGGUGCGCCACGAGGACCAGCUCACAGCCUUCUUCUCCGUCGGCACCGUCAUGCAGGGGCUCUCUCGCCUGUUUGACCGACUAUACGGCAUCCGCUUCGUGCCACGCGAGACCCUCCCAGGUGAGACAUGGCAUCCUGAUGUCAAGAGGCUUGACGUCAUGUCCGACAAUGGCGAGCAAGUGGCGGUGUUGUACUGCGACCUGUUCUACCGGCCGCAAAAGUCGCCAAACCCAGCCCACUUCACCGUGCGAUGCUCCCGGGAGAUCCUCCCCGACGAGGUGGACGAGGCCGCCGCCGACCUCAACGGUCCCGAUAUGCCCUAUUUUGACUCGCCCGAACAGGCUGCCACUGACGGCAUGGAAGUCUCGCGAGGUGACGGCCCCCUUAAGCAACUGCCUACCAUCGCUCUAGUCUGCGACUUCCCCAAGAAUGACAAUGCUCGCGAGCCCGCCUUCUUGUCCUUUUACUCGGUUGAGACUCUCUUCCAUGAAAUGGGCCAUGCCAUUCAUUCCAUUCUCGCGCGCACUUCGUUCCAGAAUGUGUCGGGUACUCGCUGCGCUACUGACUUUGCCGAGCUGCCGUCGACCCUGAUGGAGCACUUCGCCGCUGACCCGACCGUGCUCUCCCUAUUCGCGCGGCACUGGAAGUCGGACCGUCCUCUGCCCUACGACAUGGUCGCCGAGCGCAUCAAGGUCGCCAAGCGCUUCGAGGGCAUCGACACGGAGCACCAGAUCCUGCUGGCCAUGGUCGACCAGGCCUACCACUCGCCUGAGGUGUCGGAGCCUUCGUUCGACUCGACCUAUGUCUUCCACGACAUCCACAAGCGCUUCGCCCACGGCCCGCUCGACCCCCCGCGCACGCGCUGGCAGGGCUUCUUCGGCCACCUCCACAGCUACGGCAGCACCUACUACAGCUACCUCUUUGACCGCGUGCUCGCCGAGCGCGUCUGGCGCGUCGUCUUCAACGGCGGCGAGGGCGGCAUGGCCGUCUCCCGCGCCAACGGCGAGCGUCUCAAGGAAAACCUGCUGAAAUGGGGAGGCGGCCGCGAUCCGUGGACCUGCCUCGCCGACACCCUGCGCGACGACCGGCUGGCGGCCGGCGACGAGAAGUCCAUGGCGCUGGUGGGCAGCUGGGGCAUCAAAGACGCCGUCAAGGCGAAGUAG